GCGGCAUCUGCGAAUGAGACAGAGCGACGUUGUCGAUAACAACCGGCGAAGCAGCGCAUGGCCAAUGUCGUUCGUCCGGACAUGGUCCCGGAACGACCAAUGUCGCCGCGGGGUCAUGGCCCUUGCGCGGGCCAGGCUCUUUCCUCCAUCAACCCUGGCCAUCAGCCUCGGCCAUCAACCCUGGCCAUCAAUCUCGGCCUUCACCGCCCAACACCAUGCCGUCGGAGCCACAGGAGCCCCGCGAGUCCCUCCAACGCACGUCCCGCGAACCGCUUGCAACUCGAGAGCAGUGGCAGGCUUUUCGCAUGUGGGCUACCUUCUUCCUGCUUGGAGUCGUGAGUCUGAGUGGCUGGAACGCCUGGAUCAACGCUGCCCUGUACUUCAUGCAGCGCUUCCAAGGAACAUCGAUCGAGAACAGCUUCCAGUCCUAUUUCUCGCUGGCGUUCAUGGUCGCGAAUCUCGGGACACUCGCUCCUCUCGAUCAACUCGCUGCUAUCCUUGUGGGUCCGCCAGGACUGAUCCUUUCGCUCAAGACCACUUCUGAGGUUGCCAUCAAUCUGCGUAUCUUUGGCGGCGGCGCUCUCAACACCGCUCUCUUCCUGGUGGCUGCGCUGAUGGUUCCGUCGUCGCUGUCGGCUCAAACCUACUUUGGCAUCACGCUGGCGAUGGUGGCCCUCUCGGGCGUCGCCUCAGCGCUAAUGUCCAGCGUUUUUGCCAUCGUGGCCAAUGUCGAGGGCAUUUUCACCCAGGCCGUGGUGUCGGGUCAAGGUUUCUCGGGAAUCCUGUUCUCCGUUAUCCAGAUGAUGCUUAUCAAGUCCCGUGGUCCUGACGAGCCCUCGGAGCCGGGUCCGAUCGUGAGAUACUUUCUCUUCGCGGUGGUCACUGGCCUAGCAUCUCUCGCCGCUUACGGCUAUGAACUCUUCGCCAAGUCUGCACAAGCCCACCACUUCAUGCCGGUGCCGACGACCGAGGCUUCCGGGCUUGAUCCAUCGAUCCAGGGCAGCACCGAGUCCCUUCCGAUGCUCGCAUCUCUGCAAACCGAUGAUGAUGCUCUACACCCCACCGGAAGCCAGGCCAACCUCUUGGUUUAUCGCCAAAUCCGUAUCCCUGUGCUGUCGCUGUUCUUGACGUUUGUCUUGACUCUGGCCGUGUUCCCGUCCAUUACGACGCUGAUCGUUUCGGUUGGUCAUGCCGAUGCGGCAGGAUCGCCCGAUGCACUCAUCGCCCUCCACUUUCUGGUUUUCACCGUCGGGGAUUGGAUCGGCAAGUCUCUGCCCGGGAUCGCACUCUUCCAGAUCCGGUCGGUUCGGGCCCUCAAGUGGACUGCCUUGAGCCGCAUCCUCAUCCUGGUGCUGAUAUUUUGCUGCAACACCCGGUUUAUCGAUCCUCUGACGGGACUGCCGCGGGCUCGUGUCUUUCCCCUCCUGUUCGGCGACGGCGGCUAUCUCAUCAUCCUCUUUAUCCUGGCUCUCUCCGGAGGUGCCCUCGCAACGCUGCUCAUGAUGGUUGCCCCGACUCUCAUCCGGGUGCACUCUGACGCACCAUCCAACGAGCCCUCCGGAUCUGUGUAUACCCACGGCGAAGCGGCCAACGAAUCCGACGUCGCAGAGAUUGUCGUUCACGAUGACGCCGACGACCUCGCCACGAUCUUUUACCGUCAAAAAGUCGGCGAUAUGAUGGUGUUCUCGCUGACGACCGGGCUUGCCGUCGGCUCGGCGAGCUCGUUUUUGGUCCAUGGCCUCCUGUGUGGCUGCAACCCGUUUUUCUCUUGAUCGCAUAUCCCGAGCUGAUCCGAGCUCUCAAGCGUCGAUGGGACUGCAAGGCUCGGAAUACAGUGUGUGAAGCCAUUCAUGCAGAUAACGCACGUUGAUGCGACCUGCGGCAGGUGCUGAUGCCGGAUCGGCGAGCUGGCUCAGACGAAGCCGUCCCACGGGCGGGUGUAUUCGGGUCCCGGCAAAAA